AUGCCUCAACAAACUCCCCGCCCCCAUGGACGACAACCAACAAAUCCCAACUGGAAACACGGGAAUAUUGCCUUUUUCAAGGACGUCGAUGAGUUCAACAGAACGGAGUACGACGCGUUGAUUAAGUCCGGUUACCUAAGGGAAAAGGCAACGAAACACCCGGUUAUCAUCCUCGAAUACACUGAGGAUUUGAAGUACUUCCUAGUCACCACCGUGUCAGCGUACGGCUCUGGGCCUUUGAACGGGAACCUUCCACCGUGGGAACAACCCUACCACUGUCGAAAGUGCCACGACCGGUUUCGAGCAUUUGCGGGUUCAAGGAAACCAAAAUCGGACCGAAAGCACCUCGAACUCGCGAAUGGUGAGCAGUUCCCCAAGCCGGAGACUUCUUGGGUAGACGCUGCCAACUGCUUCGUGGUCCCCGCGUCAACGCUUAAGUACUUCACCAAGGUCAAAAGCAGGUUGACUAUGACUCGGGAAAGUCUCGACGACCUCCUUAGUCACAUGAGGGAAAGCUGGAAGUUCGCGGAACGCUGGACACAUCCUGCAGUGGUCACAAUGAUGGGGAAUUCGGAACUUCGUUUGGCGCCUCGCAGCAAAAGCUCGCCGACAACAAAGCCGGCCACUUGCACAAUGCCAGCUACUUGCACAAUGCCAGCUACUUGCAUAGUGCCAGCUACUUGCAUAGUGCCAGCUACUUGCGCAGUGCCAGCUUCAAUCGUCUCCCCAUCCAAGCCUGGCAUGAUCACCAACUGUUCGAUUACCAGCCAGACGGCUCGAUGGUCUGACGUUGUUGCGAAAGGGCACCAAGCGAUAUGCCAGACGUAA